AUGCGUCUCGCCAGUCGCGUCCCCCCAUCUUCAACUCGACUUUCGAUCGCAAGGUAAGUGGGUUCUUAGAAGCGCUGCAACCAAUAGGCUGGGCGAGGUGAGGCCCUCGCCCUCAUUCCUUCGAUUGGGAAAAUAUGGGGCGCUUGGACCUUCGUGGGGUACAAAGGGGGCAUUCGAAAAGUGAUGAACAGAAAACCACUUGAACAUUCAAAUUUCGUUGCGUUCUUGCUUAGGGCUUUUGCUCGGGCAAAGUCCAAUGCAGAAAUCAGGUCACAUCUUGCUGAUUGUUUGGAGCAGCGGAGGGAGCAUCGGCAUUAGCAUUAGCAUCAGCGGAUCAAGCAUCAUAGCCCCCUCGGCGAUGCUUUACACGUGUAAUUCGAAUGCUCAUCUUGCUUCUUUCCGCGCACAUGCCCAAUCGCUGAUACGAAGGAGGGACAAGACAACGACCCCGCGUACGGGAUUUGCCCCCCAAGAAAUGUGCAAGAGCCCAAACCACGCCACCCCCCAAAAUGGCAACAUCGCACCCGCUGCUCCAGCAAGCACCUUGCACCAAAGCAAAAUGGAGGGGCCCCAGUUCGAGACAUCCAAAUCCAAAUCCGCACUCCCGCAGAUGACCUACAACGUGCGCAUAUUCGUCUCCUAA